AUAGAGUAGCCACGUUACCAAGAAGAAAGAGAAGAACCCAAACCUCAAAUAACAAAAUACAAUCCAGAACCAGAAUAUUUCAUCCUCAUCCCAGACAAUUACAACAAGCCCAACACCAACCUCUUAUUUCAUUUUAAUUUCAAAAAAAAAACCUCCUAUUUCAUUUUAUUUUCCCAUAAAACUAAAAAAACCUUUCAAUUCUUCUUCAUCCAUCCAAACCCUUCUCUCCUUCAUCCCCACCCAUCAUGAUCAUGGACCUCUCCAUUCAUCAUAAUAAUCACAACUUGAAUCCUAAAAACAACCACCGUGGUUGAGAUGUCCCCGCCGCCGCCACCGCCACUAAUAACCAACCACCUCCUAGGACAGCCCAUCACCAACCUCCCCUCCUUACCUGAUCUCUUCCUCACCGCCCUCUCCGUCUGCUUCCUCUUCACCUCCUCCAGGUCCCACCCCACCACCUCCUGCCCCAUCCUCUCACUCCCUCUCAACCCUCGCCGGUUCCUCAAAAUCCCCGCCAUGUCUCACUCCGCCACGUCAUCAUCGCCACCAAACCCCACCACCGCAAAAACCAACCUCCUCAGCCUCAACCGCCGCCACAGCUUCGCGUCCCCGCAGUGCCUCUCCGACUGGCUCAAACCGCGGUUACCCUCUGAUUCCUUCGCCACAUGGGGCGUCAAGCCCGGCACCAAGAACGUGCACAACCUCUGGCUCGAGAUCGCCGAGGGCGAAACCUCCCUCGAAGACUCCACCCCGCCGAUCCGAACCGUGCAGGUCGUCACGGUUCGUGUCACCGGGAAGGACGGGAAGUUCCUGGUGGAGUCUCACCAGGAGUUGUCGGACGGGAACGUGAGGAAGCGGGGGAGACCCUUGUCGGAGAAGAUGAAGCCCAACGAGGACCCUGAAUCCGCCGCCGUGAGGGCCAUCAGGGAAGAGCUUGGGUCCCUGAUCGGCGGCUGCGGGGGCGUGGUAGGCGAUGGAAUUGAGGUGGGUGAUAUAGUGACGAUUGACCCGAAUUCGUAUGAGAUGAGGGUGGAGGAACGGUGUUCCGGCUCGUACCCGGGUUUGCCCGGUUGCUACGUUCUGCACACGUUGAAUGCCACGGUGGAGGGUUUGCCGGAGGGUGAUUUUUGCACCUAUGAGCUUGAUGAGUACUCUGGUUUUGAUGACAAGAAAGUUGCAAACCAGGCUGUGUAUGUCAGGAAACAUUAUUGGACAUGGGUUAGUGCUGAUUCCAUAGAACCUUAGAUGUCAAUUGUUCUCUUUUCUUGUAGGUUUAACCUGAAAUUUUGAUAUGUUUUUGGGUGGGGGUGGAGAUGCUAUGUUUGCUUAUAAAUAUUGAUGCCAAUCCAUUGUAUAUCAUGUUUUGGGAUGAUGGAGUUUUACAUAUAGAGUCAAGUUGUUGUUACUAGCUUAUGUAUAGAUAACACACUCAAAGUUUGGCUUUGUUUGUAGCUAAUUCACACUCAAUCAAGCGCAAAGAACUUGUUUGAGUUCUUCUUUAAA